AAAACAGACCCAAAAUAUCAGAGAUUCAGAGACAGCCCUAAAGUAAACAGUCCGACUCGUUUUCAUUAGGGCAAAAUAAAGCCAUCUCUUUCCCCCCCUAGAAUGUUAUUAUGAGAGACGGACACUGAAACUCUCAAUCCCGAUCAACUGAAAAGCCCUACAAAGGGCAAAGUCUCAAUCUUUCUCCCUCUCGAUUUCUCUCAAGUUGGACAUUGUUUAAAUUCUUAUUAAACGGGGUACGGUUCUGAACUGAAGUGUAGCUAGUCCCACAUAUCGAUAUUGGCUUUUUUGACAGUCAUGGCUGUCUGUACGAAGUUUCGGUUGAUUUCAUACGCAGAAGAGAUUGUAGAUGGACAGCCAAUCUAUGUCUAUUCGAAUUGCCUUCCUGUCAAGGCUCUAAGGUACGAACCUGCUGGGCAUGCUUUCCAUGCUGCUGCUCUCAGGCUCCUUGGUUGUGAGGAGAAAGAGGCAGAUGAUGAUGAUCAAAAGGUAGCCGAUGAUAAGGGCCAGACAUAUGUGCCAUCAUCUGAUUCAUAUAGCAGCAAAGGGAAAAAGAAAUCUGGUGCUGGAGCGAAGCAACAAGAUCACUAUGCAUUAUUGGGUUUGAGCCAUUUAAGAUAUCUUGCCACUGAGGAGCAGAUAAGAAAAAGCUACCGUGAGACUGCUCUGAAGCAUCAUCCUGACAAACAGGCUGCUCUUCUUCUUGCUGAGGAAACAGAAGCCGCAAAACAAGCAAAGAAGGAUGAAAUAGAAAACCAUUUUAAGUCCAUCCAGGAAGCAUAUGAGGUGUUAAUGGAUCCUGUCAGGAGAAGAAUAUAUGACUCGACAGAUGAGUUUGAUGAUGACAUUCCCACUGACUGUGCCCCACAGGACUUCUUCAAGGUGUUCGGUCCAGCUUUUUUGAGAAACGGGAGGUGGUCUGUUAACCAACCAGUCCCAUUUUUAGGUGAUGAGAAUACUCUGUUAAAAGAAGUGGAUAGUUUCUAUAACUUUUGGUAUAGCUUUAAAAGUUGGAGAGAAUUCCCACAUGCUGAUGAGUUUGAUUUGGAGCAAGCUGAGUCUCGUGACCAUAAGCGGUGGAUGGAGAGGCAGAAUGCAAAACUCUCAGAAAAGGCUAGGAAGGAAGAAUGUACACGGAUACGUGUACUUGUUGACAAUGCCUAUAAAAGAGACCCAAGAAUACUGAGGAGAAAGGAAGAAGAGAGAGCUGAGAAGCAGAGGAAAAAAGAGGCUAAGUUUCUUGCAAAGAAGUUGCAGGAGGAGGAAGCUGCUAGGAUAGCUGAAGAGGAGAGACGUCAGAAAGAGGAGGAGGAAAGACGAGCUGCAGAAGUGGCUUCACAGCAAAAGAAGGAGAAAGAGAAGGAGAAGAAACUCCUACGCAAAGAAAGGGCUCGUCUUAGAACACUUUCAAGGCCUGUUGUAUCACCGCAUUUGCUUGAUCUUUCUGAGGAUGAUGUUGAAAGUCUUUGUAUGUCACUUGAUAUCAAGCAGCUAAGGACUUUAUGCGACAUGAUGGAGGGGAAAGAAGGAAUAGAGCUUGCAAAAGUUCUCAGAGAUGCAGAUGGAUAUAAAAAUGAUUCCGAGGGUAAGAAAGAACAUGGACAAACUCAACAGCAGAAUGGUACAGUAGAGUCCAACGGUAAUGUCUCAUUAAAGAGUUUUGAGAAGAAGGAGAAACCUUGGAGCAAAGAAGAAAUUGAGCUUUUGAAAAAGGGUAUGCAGAAGUAUCCCAAAGGAAUAUCUCGUAGGUGGGAGGUUGUUUCAGAAUACAUUGGAACAGGUAGAUCUGUGGAAGAGAUUCUGAAGGCAACCAAAACGGUUCUUCUCCAGAAGCCUGACGCUGCCAAAGCAUUUGAUUCAUUUAUUGAGAAGAGAAAACCUGCACCGUCCAUUGCAUCUCCACUUACUACUAGAGAGGAAAUAGAAGGGGUAUCGACAAGUCAGGGUUCUGAAAACAGUGCUCUAAAGAACAAUAGUCCGGAAGGGUCUUUAACCAGAAGCACAAACAACCAGAAUGCUUCUGAGUCAACUGCGGCAAAUGGGGUUUCGUCAAGUUCAGAGCAAGAUGUGUGGUCUGCUGUACAAGAAAGGGCUCUGGUUCAGGCUUUAAAAACCUUCCCAAAGGAAGCCAAUCAGCGUUGGGAACGAGUUGCAGCAGCGGUGCCUGGGAAGACUGUGAACCAGUGCAAGAAGAAAUUUACAUUGCUGAAGGAGAGCUUUAGAAACAAGAAAAAUGCAGUAUAAUUGGUUGGGUUUUGUCUGAGGGUGCAUAAAAAUUGAAAAGGCGCAUGAGGGAAAUGUUUUUGGGUACCUACCUCAUAUUUAGUUCUUCCAUGGUAGGCAACAUUCAAGCUACGCUGUACUUGACAUAAAUUUCUUCAUCAGGUUUCAAUCCUGAUUUUGUUCCUAUGCCAUAGGCUUUAUAGUUAAUAUUUUUUUGAAUGGGAGAGUUCAAGAUGGCAAGAGUUGUUCCAACUUCCAAAUCCUCUUGAUCCACCGUUUAAGUUUAUUUUUGUUGAUGGAGAUCUAUUUUAUGCUCUCGUGUUUCAGACCAUACUUCAUAAUAAUAGAAUAUGGAUUCAAGGUGUU